AUGGUGCGCGUGACCUGUCGGGGAGCCGCCAGCGGCGAGCUGUUGCUGGGCCCGAUGGACCUGGACGCCUUGGAGCGCGUGGAGCAGUUGAAGCGGCGCCUGGAAGAACAGGUGGCCAAGGAGCAUGGUGGAGAGAAGAAGAAGACCUUCAGACUCUUACUCAAGGAAGCAGCCCUUUCGCCUGACAUGAUGCUGGGGGAGUUAGGGGAAGAGGAGCUUUGCUUCUCGGCCAUCGCCAAUCCCAGCUGUGUGGGGCAACUGCAGAUCCUGAGCAGAGAGCGGAAGGAGUCGCAAGUGUUUGUUUUUUGA